AUGUUAUCCGCUUUCACGGCUCGGCCACUCGUCGAGCUCAAACAACGCGACAAAUCGAAAAUAGAGUCGGUCCUUGCAUACGGGGACCGUCUUCUGGUAGGACUGAACAAUGGUAGUUUGCGGAUAUACAGGGUCAAUGAGGUCUCCAAUGGCAGGCAAGCAGAGGACGAUCAUCAUGGCGAGGGCGAAGAGGGUGGAAGUACGAUGAAUAACGGGGAUAGCAGCAGGCCUGCGACCAUGAGCUCCGUCACGAACCUAAAGCCUAAACAAAGCGAGCUACUUCGGGAGUUGGAAAAAUUUUCCAGAUAUAAAGUUGAACAGUUGGUGUUGGUCAAGGAGGCCAAGCUUCUCAUCUCGCUUUCCGGCGGAUACGUCUCGAUUCACGACUUACAGACCUACGAGUUCCAAGAGCAGCUUACGAGGACCAAAGGUGCGACUACCUUUGCUGUGACUUCGAACAUAAGAAAGAUCCUGCUGUGGACAUGGCGCGAUAUGGAGUUGGAGAACGAUACGGCGGAAAUGAGCCUGGCUAGUGGCAUAAAAACACUCACGUGGGUUUCUGGAACAAAACUCGUCGCUGGGUUGAGCUCGAAUUUCGUCAUGGUGGAUAUUGAGACCACGAAUGUCACGGAACUGGUCGGACCGGGCAGCAUUGGUGGACUACCUGGACAGGAAACAGGGCGACUGGCCGGUGUUGGCGUUGCUAGUAUGAGCUAUAUUGGGAUUGGCGGAACUGCUCCUAAACCGCUGGCCACGCGACUAAGCGAAGGGCAAGUAUUACUGGCGAAGGAUAUCAACACUCAAUUUGUUGACAUCGAGGGCAAUCCCUUGGGAAGAAGGCAGAUUCCUUGGAGUCAUGCCCCCUCCGAAAUUGGGUACUCGUAUCCCUUUCUGCUGGCACUGCAUGACUCUUCGAAGGGAGUGCUGGAGGUUCGAAAUCCCGAGACCCUGAGCUUACUCCAAUCGAUACCAUUACCAUCGGCGAGUCUCCUGCAUAUCCCUCAGCCCUCAAUCAGCUUGGCUCACGCUGGCAAGGGAUUCUUGGUUGCUAGUGACCGAACCAUCUGGAGAAUGGAGGCUUUGAGCUACGACACUCAAAUUGAUGCUCUCGUAGAAAAGGGAUAUUUGGAUGAGGCGAUCAGCCUCGCUAAUAUGCUUGAGGACGCCCUUCUCACGGACAAAUAUGGUCGUCUACGCUCCAUCAAACUUGAAAAGGCGCAGACGUUGUUCUCUCUCCGAAAAUACCUCGAGUCUAUGGAGCUCUUCACGGAGAUCUCGGCUCCUCCCGAGACCGUCAUUCGGCUUUACCCGCGAGUUAUAGCAGGCGAUCUUUCGUCCAUUCCCGAAGAGCAAGAAGGAUCGGAGGCCGGUACGACGGAUAGUCAGCCAAAACCCGAACAGGAGCAGAAGCAAGACACAGUCCCUGCUACGUCGGAUGAUGCUGCGCUUGCCAGAACGCUGGCGAAUACGCCCUCAGCGAGGUCCCUCCUUCGGACGAAGACAGAUGAUACCAGCGAUGCAGGUAGCAUCCGCAGCAAGCUCAUGGAAGAUUCUCGGAGCGACAAACGCCUUGAAGGAAAAGACCUCAAGCUUGCUGUUCGUGAACUCCAAGCCUACCUGGCGGAUGUUCGCCGGCGAUUCCAGCGAUUUCUGAAUCCCGAUGGCACGCUCAAGAUGGACCCUACAGCUGAUGCGUUGAAAGAUGAAUUUACCGAAUCCGUCAUGAAGUUGCUUGAAAUGGACAAAGAUGGAGGCGAGGAUGACUUCGGUGAGAGGCUUCGAGCCAAAGCUAAACUCGUCGACACAACGCUCUUCCGAGUUUAUAUGUAUGCAACGCCGUCCCUGGCUGGCUCCCUCUUCCGUAUCGCCAACUUUUGUGAUCCGGACGUGGUUAUUGAAAAGUUGGAGGAGAGUGGCCGCCAAAACGACCUCAUUGAUUUCCUCUACGGGAAGAAGAUGCAUCGUCAAGCCCUGGAGCUCCUGAAAAAGUUUGGCCAGGCUGAAGUGGACGGAGAGACUGCGUCCCAGCUUCAGGGUCCGAAAAGAACUGUUGGCUAUCUGCAGAAUUUGUCUCCCGAGCAUAUUAAUCUGAUACUAGAAUUUGCUGAGUGGCCGAUACGUGAAGAGCCUGACCUGGGCAUGGAAAUUUUCCUUGCGGAUACAGAGAACGCGGAAACAUUGCCUCGUCAUCGAGUACUAGGUUUUCUAAAAGGGAUUGAUGUCCGUCUGGCUGUUAGGUAUCUUGAGCAUGUCAUUGGAGAAUUGAAUGACAUGACUCCGGAUCUCCACCAGAGCCUUCUCAGCCUUUAUUUGGAUCGCUUGGAGGAACAAAAGAACAAAGAAUGGGAGUUCGCCAGUGAAGAAGACAGGACCGAUUGGCGGAACAAGCUGCUGGACAUGCUAAGGACCAGCUCUCAGUAUUCGCCAGCGAAGAUUCUUAACCGUCUUAAUCGAGAUGAUCCUGAGUUCUUCGAGGCAAGAGCGAUCGUUUUCAGUAAGAUGGGGCAACACAGACAGGCGCUAGAGAUAUACGUGUUCAAACUCGAAGACUAUACCAAGGCAGAAGAGUAUUGCAAUCACCUUCACAAGACCGAAGACGCCACGAGCACAGAGACGACGGCUAUACAAAAUAUAGCCCUUCCGGAUUUUGAGGGAGAAAAGCCUUCCAUAUACCUAACACUUUUAUCUCUUUACUUGUCUCCGCCGCACGGAUACAAACCACGAUAUGGACCCGCGCUAGAGGUGCUCGCAAAACACGGAUCCCGCCUUCCUCCAAACUCGGCUCUUGAACUGAUCCCGGAAACACUGCCAGUCAAGGAACUGCAAUUCUAUUUCAAAGGUCGUAUGCGGGCGGCAACUUCUAUACUCAACGAGUCCAGAAUUGUGGCCAACCUGCAAAAGUCGCAGAGUAUCAAGACACAAGCGCAGCUCUUGGUUGGCGAGGGUGGUGACGUGAAGGCAUCGAGGUCGAGGCAUGUCACGAUCACAGAAGAAAGGAUCUGUGGGAUUUGCCAUAAGCGACUUGGUGGAAGUGUUAUCAAUGUCUUCCCCGAGUAA